AUUCGUUUCGUUGUUUAAUCUUUAAUGAAACUUCAGCUGCUACAAAUGGAAUAAAAAAUAUAGCAAAGUUAAAUCAAAAAUGUUUUGGGGUGUUACUCCAGCCUUGGAUUUGUUCAGCGAAUUCAAAGUUCACUCAGAAACGAAAUUCUUAAAUGUAGAUUUUAAUAUAUUAAUCAUUGGAGGUACAGAUGCCAGACAUAUCCUAAAAACUAUUGCCAGAAGAUAUCGACAUAAAGGAAGCAUCAAAUUGAACUUCUAUGUUAUUGAAUCCUGUAUGGAAACCAUCGCCAAGCAAUUAUUGCUUCUCAUAACAGCUCUCCAACCUCAAAACACUAUGGGUUUGGACCAAAAAACCAAAGUUUUCAUGGAGCUGUAUGGAAACACGAUUUUACGACCUUAUACUGCCAAAUAUUUAACCGAUUUGUCUCACGAGUUGGUUAGAAUGAUUACUGAUCCUGAUUAUUUGAGACAGAAAAUCGAUUUUGUCAACAUGAAAAUUAAAUACAAGGAAAGAGACUAUUUGGAAAACUUGGUGAAGUUUUGGAGUGCCAAGGAUGAAUUUAAUAUUGUUAAUAUUUGGGACAGACGUUUAAGACAAAAUCUUGGAGUAAGAUAUGACUCGAAAGCUGGUGCUUUUGAUUGGGAUCUUCACAUGCGUAUGCACCAACUCGGAGGAGGCAAACAAGUCUGCGACCAGGAAUACAAAAGUUUUCGUUCGAACGGAAUGGCAUUUUCCUGGAUUGAAUCUGAAGUUUCGAGACCAAAUAGGAGUUUUGUGUGUGCCACGAUGCCAAAUGGUGAAAGUUUUGCGCAUUACGGGUAUUUGGGCGAUAUGGAAACUGGCCCGUUCGUAAGUUUUGGGCUUGAGUGUGAGGACGAAGAUUUUCUUAAGUCAACAAAUAUGAAGAAUGCGUACAGAGCAACGGAUGUGACCGAAAGAAACUUGAAGCAAAUUUUCUACGAAAUAGAGAAUCAACAGGAGUAUGAACACAUAAGGAAAAACAAUAUGGAGCUUGGUUAUGCGAUUAUUAAGCAAGACAAAAUAGUGCUCGAUCUUAAGACUCCAGAAACGUCUCGUGACUUUAUCAAAGAUUGCGUAAAAGUUGAAAAUGUCUCCGUUAAUAUUUUAUCCAUCAAAGCUCUGGAAGACAUGAGACACAAACCAAAUUACGAUAAUUUUUUCGAUGUAAUUUAUUUCGCUCAUAAUUACAUGCAGAAGCAUUUUGACCAUGAUAUUGUGGAUAAAAUUCUUAAAGAGGAUUUCUUGCUAAUUGCGGAACAUCCUCUUUAUGUUAUAGCCAACAGGAAAAAUGAUUUAGAAGAAUAUGUUAAGACCGUCAAGGAAAAAACUUCUAAAAUGAAGUCUAAUUUGUUGAAAUUUGAUUUGGAAAAAGAUUGUUACCUGAAGUAUGUUAAGAAAAAUUGAAAAAAAAUUCAAGUUUGUUAUAUACAAAAUAAAGUUGGUAUUUUAUUCGGUGUCUGAAGGAACU